CCAGAGUUCACCUAAGAUACACUAACCGAUGCUGCAGUCCAGCCAUUGUGGCUCAAGCCACGUCUGGGCACUCAGGAAGACCCGCCGCCGCCGCCGCCUCCGCAGCCCCAUGGCGCGCGCCGCCCUCGCCGCGGCGCUCCUGGCCGUGCUCGGCGCGGCCGCGGCCGAGGGGGGCGCGCGCCCGAGCGGCUCGUGCCCGGGCGACGAGGAGGGGUCGGUGCUGCUGCAGAGCGCGGCCACGCGGGCGCAGCGCUCCGAGGCCCGGCUCCAGAGCACGGAGCCCGACGCGGACGCCGAGGGCAACCCGUACGCCACGGAGCCCUGGAACGCCACGUUCUCCGUGGUCCUCUCCGGCGAGGAGGGCGGCGAGGAAAGCAACUUCACCGUGACCGUGCACCCGGACUGGGCCCCCGAAGGUGCGAAGCGCCUCCAGGACCUCGUGGCGAGCCACGUGUUCGACGAGGCCCGCUUCUUCCGGGUCGUCCCGGACUUCAUGGUCCAGUGGGGGAUCCCCGCCGACCCGGCGGUGGCCAAGACCUGGAGCGAGAAGAAGAUCCCCGACGACCCGGACGCUGGGCACAGCAACGAGAAGGGCAUGGUGACCUUCGCCACGUCGGGGCCGGACUCUCGCACGUCUCAGCUCUUCGUCAACUACAAGGACAAUGCCUUCCUGGACAAGCAGGGCUUCACUCCCGUGGGGGAGGUCGUGGAGGGCAUGAGCGUCGUCGAGGGCAUCCAGAGCAAGUACGGGGAGGAGCCCGACCAGGGCGAGAUCCAGGAGAGAGGCAAUGCAUACUUGACGAAGGAGUUCCCAGGCUUGUCCUACAUCAGCGGGGUGACCGGCAGUUUCCCCGCAGGGAGCAAGUAGGCGCGACGCUCGCUCGCUCUCCAAGCUCACACUACGCGAAGCCAUUAAUACUGUUGGGCGCGCCAGCAGUUGCGUCCUGAAGCUGGAGUCGAGUCGAUUUCCCGGCACAACCGCCGUUCAGCUUUUAGCACGACGCUCGUGGAGCAGAUUUUGCUCCCCGUGUCGCCCGGGGGGGUGGGGCGCUCCCACGGGAAGAAGAGCCCCUCCUCCUCGAGGGGGGGGGACCCCCUUCCUCCAGGAGGAGGAGCAAGCUCGCGCAGGAAGGGAAGGGGCCCUGGGGGCAAGGAGCAACGUCCUGCCGAUGUGUCAUACCGCCGUAGGGCUCCCAAUCGUCUGUCGCAAUUUGAUCGGGUCACACGGGCCCCUGUGCAAGCCGGCUUCGGUACAGGACGCUGUUCAUUCAUGCCCUGAAGCCCCGCGCCCAUUGUCUAUAAAAAGCCCUCUAGUCCCAGGUCCCCUCUUCCUAAGUCCAUGAAAGUCUUCUUUUUCACUGCGUGCGCCCCCCC